CUAGCCACGAAGGACGUCAAAUUACGAGUUGCCAGAGUGAAUUUUUUUUACAAAUAUUUCCAAUUCAUUCGCGAAUUUUUUCAAUACUUUACACAAUUUGAAACUAUUUAUCAUUUUAAUUAUUCGCGAAAUUACCUACAUCUCAAAACAUGAAUUUCCUCAGCAUUUUAAUUUCAUCAAUUUUCGUAUCGGGUGCUUUUGCUUUCGAUAAAGAUUGGUGGAAACACGCCAGCAUUUACCAAAUAUACACGAGAUCAUUCAAAGAUAGCGAUGGUGAUGGAAUAGGAGACAUCAAUGGCAUAAUUUCUAAGCUGGAUUACCUGGUUGAUAUUGGAGUGGACACGCUGUACUUGAAUCCAUUUUACCCUUCCGCAAUGGCUGAUGGUGGUUACGAUAUAACAGAUUAUAAAGGAAUAGAUCCGGUGUAUGGGACGAUGGAAGAUUUUGAAAAGCUGAUUAAAGAACUGAAAUCUCGAGAUUUAUACCUUGUAACAGACCUAGUAAUCAAUCACAGCAGUGACAAGCACGAAUGGUUUGAAAAAUCCGUUAAUAAAAUCAGCCCCUACACCGAUUACUAUGUUUGGGCUGAUCCAAAAGGAUAUGAUCAAAAUGGCAAUCCUUUUCCACCAAAUAACUGGUUCAAUCUGUUCAAUUUAUUCAAAAGUGGCACAGCUUGGCAAUGGAACGAGAAAAGGAAACAGUUCUAUCUACACCAAUGUAUGGUUGAGCAACCGGAUUUGAACUUGAGAAAUAAAGCAGUUAAGGAUGAAAUAAAGGACAUCAUGAAAUUCUGGCUCGAUAAAGGCGUAGCAGGAUUCCGAGUAGACGCACCAAUGUUGUUCUUGGAAGACGAACUACUUCGAGAUAAUCCACCAGUCAGUGAUGAUAGAAAUGUUUUCAAUAUUUUCAGCGAAUGCGAAAACACUCUCAAUCAUCCGGACACAUACAGAUUUUUGAACGAGUUGAAUGUAUUCUUGCGAGACUACGAUCGAAAGAGUGGGAAAUCAAUUCAAACGCCACUGAUAGGAGAAACGUACGGAGAUAUCCAAACAGUGAUCAAGUAUUUUGGGACGAGGCGUUUUCCAGCAUUCCAUUUACCUUUGAAUUUUCUCAUCACUUCGAUGACUAGUUAUCUAAACGCUCGGGAACUUCACGAUUUACUUCAAACUUGGCUGAAUCAAGUUCCUAAAGGCAUGGCAUCAAGCUGGGCUCUUGGUAAUCACGAUCAAGGUAGAAUUUCAUAUAGAUUGAACGCAGAAUAUAAUUACAUCAUGUUAGCAUUAGUCACGAUGCUUCCUGGAACUUGUCAAGUAUACUAUGGAGAAGAAUUGAACAUGGGACAAAAUAAUAUGGUACGAGAAAAAAAUCGAUUCAAUAGGAACUUUCAUCGAACACCUAUGCAGUGGGAUGAUACCAGAAAUGCAGGUUUCUCUACUGGCGAAAAAACAUGGUUACCAGUAAAUCCAAAUUAUUGGAACAUCAACGUUCAAAGUCAAAAAACUCACCAAAACAGCAGUUUAAAUUAUUUCAAGGAUCUAAUGGCCAUUAGGAGAACAGAACCCAUAAAAUAUGGCGAUUUAAAAUUUCAUAUUGCGUCAGAUUGGGUGCUGGCCUUUUCUAGAACCUUCAAACAAACCAGUUACAUUAUUAUAAUGAAUUUGGGAACUGAAACUCAGCCCAUAGAUUGGCUCACUGAGAUAGAUUACAUUCCAGCAAGUUUGACUGUGGUGGCUUCCAGCUCAAACUCAGGCUACAAAAAGGGAUUCAAGAUGGAAAUUUCACCCAACUAUCCAUCAUCAUCAGUCCUGCGACCAAAUUCUGUCAUUAUAUUGAGUUCCAAGUAAAUUAUUCGGAUGGAAAUGAUUUAGUAAUUUGAAAAAAACAGUUUUCAAGUCGAAAUGGCAGUAAUCUGUGGUGAUGGCGCAAGAAAUGAAAAGAGAGGCUGGGAUGUCUCCGCCGAAGCACAGAUUUCAAAUGUACAGAGCUGCAAGCUGCUCUUAUAAAAGCUUCCAAUAAAAAGUUAUU